AUGGCCGUACAGGCGCAAUUCGGCGGCCUCGUGCUCCCACCCUACGCGCCCGAGGAGCAGCAGAUGCGGGCGCUCAAGGACUACGGCGCGCUCCUGCUGUCCGCCGCGGCGGCGACGCCCGGUGGCGAUGAUGGCUACGCGUGGCAGCAGUACGACUAUUGCGCCGCGCAGAGCGAGCUGACGUGCAACGGCGGUGGCGCGGCGGCCGUGCCCGCGCCCUCGCGCAAGCGCGGCAGGGAGGAGGACGAGCUCCUUCACUACGCGCGGCUCCUGCCUCUCCCGGGGAUGAUGCGGCCGCCCGGGGCAGCGUCGACGAGCGGCCGGGCAGAGAUUUCGGCGGACCACGCGCUGGCGUCGGAGCUGCUGUGCGCGGAGGUGGACGCGCUGGUGCGCGCCGAGUGCGACCGCCUGCGCGCGGGGCUGGAGCUGGCGCGCAAGCGGCAGCACCAGGCGCUGCUGGUCCGAGCAGCCGUAUCCGGCCUAGCGGUGGCGCGGCGGGUGAGGGAGGCGGAGGCCCAGCUGGAGGCGGCGCGGCGGCGCGCGGCGGAGCUCGAGCAGCGGGUUCGGCUGGCGGCCGCGGAGGCGCAGGCGUGGUGCGGCGUCGCGCGGGGCAACGAGGCCGUCGCCGCGGGGCUCCAAGCCACGCUCGACGCGCUGCUCCUCCGCUCCGAGGAGGGAUUCGGCGAGUCCGAACCCGACGACGCGCAGUCGUGCUGCUGCUGCUACGUGGAGGAGCAGGCGGCGGACACCGCCGCCGCCGCUGCCACGGCCUCGUCGUCCUCGACUUGGAACGGCAAGUGGGCGUGCAGGGCGUGCGGCGAGGGCGAGGCGUCGGUGCUGCUGCUGCCGUGCCGGCACCUGUGCCUGUGCAAGGCGUGCGAGCCCCGCACGGACGCCUGCCCCGUCUGCGCCGGCGCCAAGAACACCUCCAUCCACAUCGCGCCGCUCAACUGA